GUGAAAAGGAGCUUCACUUAUAAAGAAACAAAAGGAUAAGAAGCAGGAAAAGAAGAAACAAGAAAACUAAGUAGAGAAAGACAAGGAGAACAGGGGAUGUUGGAGUGUCUCUUUUUUCAAAUUGUUUUCCUCUUACAUCUUAUAUUGCUGCCAAUUUAUUUUUAUCUCACAUGGAACUUUAAUUACUGGCGAAAACGAGGGCUUCAUAAUGCAUUGCCGCUGACAUUAUUCGGCUCCUUUCCGAGUAUUUUGACACGAAAUCGGAAUCUUCUUUACGAAAUCGACAGGCUUUACCGACGCUACAAGCACCGCCGACGCAUGGUCGGUAUAUUUUUCGUGCGUCAGCCGCAAAUCUUGGUGGUGGACAUGCGACUGGCGCACGAGAUACUCGACACGAAUUUCGGUGCUUACGAAUUGACAGCUGCUUGUAGCUGGAUGCGGCACCGCAGGCUGAAUAAAUUGGACAAAUUGGCAGCGUACAGCGCGCUGUGGAGCAGUGGCGAGCAUUGGAAGCUCAAUCGCAGUGUGGCAUGUGCGGCUUUGACGCCAAUACGGCUGAAGCAAACGCAUGAAUUGUGGCAGGCCAGUUGCAAGCGGUUAAUGCAGUUUUUGGAGUACAAAUGUAAGGGCGCAAAUCCAGAAGCGUUGGAUGCCAUUGAUCUUGUUAAGCGUUUUGUUGCCGACGCGCUUUGCAUCACCAUUUGGGGCGUAGACGCUGGUACAUUGACGCGUUCGAAAAAACCGAACCUCUUCCUACAAAUGACCGAACGCGCCGUACGUCAAACGUGCAGUUUACGCCGCUACCGCCGCUACUCGCUGCUCUCAGCCGUUAUGCCGGUGUUUUGGAAGCUGUGGCCAUUUCGUUUGAUCUCCAAGGCGGUGGAGAAUUAUUUCGCGCAAUUCACCAGCGACGCCCUGGAAUGCCACAGAGAGCUGCGUAACCCCAGCGGCAUGCGUGACGUGCUCAGCUAUUUGUACACGCAGCAGCAGACGGGACGUCUGAGUGAUGAAGCUUUGACGGGGCUUUGCAUGGCUAUGCUGCUCGAUGGCUUCGAGGAGAUUUGCAGCACUUUGGUCUACAGUAUUUACUAUCUCGCUAGAGAUUCGCGCGUGCAGUCCAAAUUACGCGCCGAAGUGUUGCAAACGCAGCAGCGUGAGCAUUGCACGGCAUUCGGUCUUGAGACACUCAAAUCGCUCAGUUAUCUCGACCAUUGCGUUUUCGAAACACUACGUCUGAGCCCAACAGUACAAUAUUGCCGACGCAUUUGUAGUCGCGCCAAUGUGAUUCAACUUUCUAAGCGAAAAUCAGUGCAACUGGAGGAAGGCACAGUGCUAUGCAUACCGGUGUAUUCAUAUCAUCAUGAUCCCGUUAUAUUCUGCGAGCCAAAUUCAUUUGUACCCGAACGUUUCGAUAAUACUGCGCCGAAAGAAUUGAUGGAACGACGCGUCUUUCUGCCAUUCGGCACUGGACCCAGAAGCUGUUUGGGUAAGGAUAUGUCAUUGUUGAUGGUUAAGGCAGCAAUCGCGUCAUUAGUGUCAGAGUACGCUAUAAGGAUUUGCUCGCAAACUCAACAUGGCUACAGUGAGGCUGUUGAUUCAUUUCUACUCAAUUUGAAUGGCAAGCUGAUGCUGGAGUUUAAGAAAUUAUAA